AUGGCGUCGAAGCGGCCGCAGCGUCGGCCAAUCAACAUUGACGACGACGCAGACAUUGACUUUUCUGCUGUGGCAAAGACAGCGCCAACAAGGCCGACAGUUUCUUCCGCAUUACUGCAGCACACCGUGGCGGAAGCGACGCAGAAGCAGCAAGACGAUGCCCCCGUUCCACUGCAGGCAGUUGAUCCAAGACUCAACUCUUACACACAUCGCGCUGCGCCACGCCGUCGUGUUGGAUUUGGUGCCCCCCCUGCAGUUUCACCGGCGUUUAACUCCACGGCCCCGUCUGGUGACGCGGAGGAUGUGAAGAAAAAUAAAGAGCUACUGGAUGCCUUCUGGCGCGAGGAUGCGGCACGGCAGGAGGAGGAGUCGCACCAGACACGACGUGAACGAUACGAAAAAGAGCUACGCGCCCUUUGCUGCGCUGGGUCUACCGCACCGCACCAAGUACAUUCUCUUCUAGAUCAAUUUUUUGCGGACGGGGUCCCGGACGUGGAGCCGUGGGACCUCUGGGCACUCUCCAUGCCGCGCUACAGCUUGGCAAACCUGGCUCCGGGGAAGCUUGACUGUGUGCAUCACCCCGUUCUGCCCGAAACACACUACUCGCAGCACUACCACCACCGCGUGGAGGAGCGACCUGCCGUGGUGAAGGUGGUAAAAACACGAGAGGAGUUGCGGGCGGAGCGCCGGGAGCGACUACGCAAGGCGAAGGAGGAGCGUGAUCGCGCCAGGCGAGCCGCUCGCCAGGAACAACCACACGAGGCUGCCAACGUAGCCGGUGUGCUCCCGGCUGCCUCUCUCGGUACCACCGCGAAGGAUCGUCUCACCAACAGCAACCUGCGCUUUAACCUCUUCGACGAAAGCGUGAUGAAUCCACUGAGUACGGAGAACAAAAUCUUUUCGCAGUAUCAGGAGCGCUUCUUUGAGCACCAGCGCCGCAAUUACGAACGUCACGUGGCUGCCAUUCCACAGCAGAUUGAAAAGCGCAACCGUGACCUCAAACGGCAUGCCGAAGAGCAGCCCGUUUUCAGAGCCUACCGCAUUUUUCCAAUUUUUACUCCGGCCCAUCUGGGGAAGCUGCGGAACUUUGCAAACGAUGGCCUGCUGCGUGGCUUUGUCCUGUGGAUCUGCCAGUGCGAUGCGCUCGUUGUUUUGGCGGGGGGCGAGGUUGCGGUGCGGCACCUGGAGCGUUGGAUCCUGGAGAAAAUGAGGUGGGAUGCCCCCGAGACGACCGCAGUGCGACUUAUGACAUGUCCGCUGCAGGACGCCGCGACGUUUUCAUUUGUGUCCGCGAAAAGUCGCAAACGGGAGCGUCAAUCAGCACAGACGACGAAGCAGGCGGCAGAGGAGACGCGGGCGCAAAGGGCUCCAACGAAGGGCGCGGACGGCACUGAGCAUGUCUACAUGAACUUUGUGGAUAGCGUGCAGGAGGGCGAGUCGUUCAUGCGCUCAGUGCCGACAGAGGGGCCGUGGCGGGAUCUCUCACACGUCUGGCGAGCUGCACUCGCUUUUGGAGUUGGGUGUGACAAAGAUGGUUCUUGA